UUUUUUUUUUUCUUGUUUCCUGGUCUAGUUUUCUGUAAACGAGGAAACACUAAAGAAAGCUAUUUUCUACCGUAUGUGUUUUGCUGCCUUGGGAUUCUUUUUACUUUUUUCAGAUUUUUUUUAUUUGUAAGAAUUCCUCUGCAGCCGGAAAUCAUCAUCAUAGUGAGAAUAGAACAGCAAAUCUCUUCCUGCUGCCAAACUCUGCCAGGACUCAUCAUCUAUCCCCAGCAAUCUUUCCUCCUCCUGGGCCCGGACUCAUACACACAGGGGAGCCCGGGCUGUGCUGGAGGGGCUCUCGGCUUGCAGUGGAUCUCGGGGCCGGGGCUGAGCUGCAAGACCCGGGCAUAUCAGCAUGAUUCACUCCCCGGUGCAGACCGGCCUGCCUGGGAUGCAGAAUCUAAAAGCAGACCCAGAGGAACUGUUCAGAAAACUGGAGAAAAUAGGCAAAGGCUCAUUUGGAGAAGUCUUCAAAGGGAUUGACAAUAGGACUCAGAAAGUGGUUGCUAUAAAAAUCAUAGACCUGGAAGAAGCAGAAGAUGAAAUUGAAGACAUUCAGCAAGAAAUCACAGUAUUGAGCCAGUGUGAUAGUCCAUAUGUAACAAAAUACUAUGGUUCUUAUCUAAAGGACACAAAAUUAUGGAUCAUAAUGGAAUAUCUCGGAGGAGGCUCUGCACUGGAUCUGCUGGAACCUGGUCAGUUAGAUGAAACUCAGAUUGCAACAGUCUUAAGAGAAAUACUGAAGGGGCUUGACUACUUGCAUUCAGAAAAGAAAAUCCACAGAGAUAUUAAAGCUGCCAAUGUCUUGUUGUCCGAGCAAGGAGAAGUAAAACUUGCUGAUUUCGGUGUAGCUGGGCAACUAACAGACACUCAAAUUAAGAGAAAUACGUUUGUUGGUACACCAUUCUGGAUGGCACCAGAGGUCAUAAAGCAGUCUGCGUAUGAUUUCAAGGCAGACAUCUGGUCAUUGGGUAUAACGGCUAUUGAACUCGCGAAAGGAGAACCUCCACAUUCAGAAUUACAUCCUAUGAAAGUAUUGUUUCUUAUUCCCAAAAAUAACCCUCCCACGCUUGAAGGGAACUACAGUAAAUUCCUCAAGGAGUUUGUAGAAGCCUGUUUAAACAAAGAACCUAGUUUUAGACCUACAGCUAAGGAACUCCUGAAACACAAAUUUAUUAUCCGAAAUGCCAAGAAAACGUCUUAUUUGACAGAGCUCAUUGACCGUUACAAGCGAUGGAAAAUGGAGCAGGGCCACGAAGCAUCCAGCUCCGACUCAGAUGGUGAAGGUGAAGGCCAGGCUUCAGGAGGAAGUGAGAAGGAUGACUGGAUUUUUACCAGAAAAGAACGAGACCUCAAGAACAUGGAAAACGGAGAAGCUCAAUUUGAAGAAUUAGAGACAAAUCAAGUUAAAGACAUUCCAAAGCGGCCUUUGUCUCAGUGUUUGUCUUCAAUAAUGUCUCCUUUAUUUGCUGAGCUGAAAGAUAAAAGUCAAGCAUGUGGAGGCAAUGUCGGGUCAAUAGAGGAACUGAGAGAGGCUAUUUAUUUAGCUGAAGAGGCCUGCCCGGGGAUUUCAGAUACAAUGGUAUCCCAGCUCCUUCAAAGGCUCCAAAGGUAUUCAGUCAAUGGAGCAAAUUCUUCAUCACACUGAAGAUCUUUGUUUUAUUCCUUUUCACGACACAUGGACCUAUCAUUGUUCUCAUCAUACGAUUUUCCUCUAUUCACAGAGUCAUGGAAUGAGGACAUACUGGACGUAUCCAUGACUCUUAGAUUGGGUGUCUUCUACACCUUAUUAAAGCUAUCAUUUUUAUGAUUUAAUUUUAAUUUUUUUUUCUAAUCAUAGUGCAAAUAUAAAAAAAAAAUUAAAU